AGUUUGACAAGAUUUGACACGGCUUAAUUACUUUCUUUUUUGUAGGAACGUCCGUGGUAUAUAAGUGUGUUUGCAAUGUAGGCUAGAUCGUUAGUAAACUACAGCACCAUCUUAUUUGGGUUAAGUAUAUAAUCUAGCAUUGGUACAUCAUAGUCUCAGAUUACUUCUAUGAAAUUUCGUUAGUUAUCCUCCCUUAUCCCCCUUCUCGUUGCUCUUUUCAUUCGUGCUAGGUGUCUCAGAGUUGGAGGAUGAUGAUCUAACGGUAAUACGCCAUGGCAGACACAUUUGUUUGACUUCCUAUUUUCUUUAUUUACAUUCACUGCACAUAGUUGUCGUCUGCACUGUUUAUUAGUCUCAGUUUGGGUACGCAUGAGUUCAACCUUAAAUCCGAGCGGUGCCUACAUUAUCAUAGAAGACAAGACUGAUAGCAGCAUGUGUAGCUCCAAGUGUUACUUUUUGUAUAUGUGACAUGAGACAGAUCAAUGUUAGUGCUGAUAUAUCUACCCCCCCCCCCCCACCUUGGCAGCAGCACUGACGAGGCCACAAGACACAUCGCUCAAUAAAAGACUCUUGUAGAUGUGUGUGGAUCUCAGGACAGAAUACAAUCACAGCCACUGGGAAUCAUUGUCACUGAAUAUUAGAAUUUUAUUAGAAAGAUGAAUAGACUAAGAUCGAGUAAAAUCUAGCUGUUGUUUUUUUUAUUGUGCUAGACCUACACAUAGAAUAAAAUGUAAGGACUUUGCAGUUAGCACAGUCUAGUGACACUUUUAUUUCAUAGACAGAUCAUAAAGCCUCAUAACCAUGACCUGGGCACAGAUCGCUGCUCAAACUCUGCUGCAGGGACUGAAUGGUCGCCUGAAGAGCGGUCAGUUUUGUGACGUCAUGAUCUACGUGGAUGACGUCGAGUUCCCAUGCCAUCGCGUCAUUCUGUGCGCCUAUUCGGACUACUUCCAGGCCAUGUUCUCUAGCGGCAUGCAAGAGGCAAUAACACAGAGUGUCAAACUGAAUGACGUCUCACAUCAGACAUUUGCCUCCAUCUUGGAAGCUAUCUACAACGGGAAAGAUAUUCUGGACGAGAGAAAUGUGAUAGAGGUCUGGAGAGUUGCCUCCAUGCUACAGAUUGCUUGCCUCAGGCAAUAUUGUGAGGACUUCCUUGCGGAUCACAUUUCCAAUGAGAAUUGUUUAACCAUUUGGCGCGAGGCCAGACUCAGCAGCUGUAAAGUUUUAGCCAAUGAAGCGUGGAACUUUGUGCAUCGGGAAUUCCCGUCCAUCAAGAGUACUGAGGAUUUCUUGGCUUGUGACAUUGAUGACAUUUGUCUUAUGGUUGCCAGUGAGGACUUGAAUGUACCGAAUGAGGAAGAGGUUAUAGACGCCAUACUGUUAUGGGUAGGGCACGAGGAGUCCAGGCGUAAACAGCUGUCUCGUCUUAUUGCUCUGUCUCGGCUGUGUCUUGUUUCGGAGGACUUCAUAUUGAGGAGAUUGCUAACUGAACAGAUGAUUUUAGAGAAUCAAGAGGUAUUAGAGAUGGUGAGACGGAGUCUGGAGUACCACAUCCUACUGUCUAGGAGACAUGACGAGUGUCCGCCCAGCGCCAUGUAUCGUAGAGCAAGUCUUUAUGAUAACGUCAUGAUUGUUCUAGGAGAGGGCAAAGACAACUUUUACGCUUAUGUUUUUAAAACUGAAGAGUGGUUCCAGUUACCUGCCUUGCCAGAAGACAUGGGACUUGGUAGUUCUGCUUGUAGUUAUGGGGACGACAUUUUUGUAGCGGGAGGGAAAAAUACGAUGAACGCUUUAUUUCAGUUUGAAACUCGCAAAAAUUCUUGGGUCAAAUUAGCUCCAAUGAACGUAGGUAGAAGGAACCACGUGAUUGUUGCUGUGGGUCCAUGUCUCUACGUCCUGGGUGGACUCAACAAUGAGGUGACCACACUAAAUAGUGUUGAAUGUUAUGAUACUAUUAAAGCUGUCUGGACAGAUGUGGGGUUCUUACACACUGCAGUCAGGUCAAGCGGCUCAGCAGUCAUAGGUAAAAAGGUGAUAAUCUGUGGAGGUAAAGAAAACGACACGGUCACCUCCAAGACGGUCCAGUGUUUCAACACUGCCACCAACACUUCGUACAUACUUGGUGAGAUGCCAUCGGAAACUUGCUUGCCGAGGACUAUCAUAGACAUGGACAAGAUCUACUUAAUCACGCAGGAGGGGUGUGUCUGGAAGAUGAAGUUAAAUGACCGAAGUUCCAGCAUCCAUCACAAAUCACAGUUAUGGGACUUUGCUCGCUACUGGCAUGGCGCUCUGCUGCAUGAUGGGAUAGUCUACAUUAUUGCUGGAGAAACACCCGAUAAUUCAGAUUUACCGGAUGUAUGGCCUAUUGAACUCCAAGGUGUGUUCCAGUCUGUCAGAAACUUAAGACCUGCUAACAUAACAAGAUGUAUGGCUUGUAUCAGAACCACAAUGGAGAAAUAUAUGUUGAAAGAUUCUCUAGCUAUGGACAUCAGCAGAGUUUAAUGCACUAUAUUUUAUGGAAAUCAGCAGAGUUUAAUGUUCUUUGUUCUAUGGACAGGAGCAGAGUUUAAUGCACUAUGUUCUGUGGACAAGUGCAGAGUUUAAUGCACUAUAUUCUAAGGAAAUCUGCAGAGUUUAAUGGUCCAUUUUCUUUGGCUUGUACUGUCUCGAGAGACGAUGAAUGGACAAACAACUUACCCUGCUGCUCUAAAGAAGCACCACAACUUCAUCUUCGGGAAACAUUCCUUGGUAUUUAGAUCAAAGGAUAAUGAGUUGCCUAUGUAUACUACGUGUAUGUAUCAAUGUAGACAUACUGCAGUGUGUGUGUGUGUGUUGAUAAAUAUGUUGAAAUAUUCUCAGGUAGAGUUCAAAGUUGAAUGUAUUAUGUAUGGCAUAUACAAAUAAAUGUUAUGUUGUUUUAUUUGGAAUUUUCGGAAAAUUACAUAGCUUUUAUACAGGACUGGAUUUAGACGUGAUAAGGUGUUUGAGAUAUUGUGUCUCUUAUAAACCUGCCCCCACAUCAGGCAAUUUUUCUUUUCUCUUUUUAAAAAUUGAUUGAAAAUGUUGUUACUGGAACCUUUUUGGGGGACGCGGGAGGCAAGAAAAUGGGGGCCGUAAUAUUUAGGUUGUGUUUACUAUACGAAACUCCAGCAUUGCUUUUAAAUGUAAGUGUUGCUUUUAAAGUAUAUUGGAGGACAUUUGAAUAAAACAAAAUCUUUAAAGGCCAGUAACUCGAUGAUUCACUUCAUUGUUGCGUGAUUAUCCUCCUUGAUAACCAAAAACCGUUUUUACCACUGCAGCUUCUUUUCAGAUGUCACGUGAUAUUCGAAGAGGAGAAACAAGGGGAGCAAUUCCAAUGUAUAUCUAAAUCUAAAGUGAAAGGAAUUGGUUGUGCAUUGAAGGUGUGUAAAGGAGUUCAAUAUCUUUCUGUCUAAAACUACAACGCCAUCAUUUGACCAUUAAGUCAUGAGGUUGUAGUGACGGUAUGAAGUUCCGCCUGUUCAAAGUCAUGAGAAAUGCAAAUGUACUGGGAAGAAUUUUUCUUGACGCUUCAGAUUCAGUCGUAUCCAAACAACAACCAAGUCGAAGUAGUCUAAAGAAAUGAGAACCUUUUUUUCUCAGCACAACAGACUUGAGACUAGUCAUCAACACGUGUUAACAGGACUCAAGGCUUUAGUAAUAUUAACUUUGAGCCACUUUCAUGCAGUUACAUCAGACCUAAUAGGUUUUGUGUUGUUUCCUCUAGUCUGGAUGUCUAGAAAUGCAUUACAUAAUGCGCAUUUUUUUUCAAACACCUAAAGAUAAAGCUUUGUAUCAUCGGAAUCUUUUCUUUGGACUUUUUGAGACUCGUUUUUUUUUCUGUUUCUAAAUGUAAUCAUUUCUAGCACAUAUAAAAAUCAAAAUGGAACAGAUCAUUUCCUAAGAACUUUUGUUUUCCCUCUGUAAUGUAUUUGGAUCGGUUCCGUAUUGGGUUGAUUGGUUCGAAGAUAUUGUGUUUUUUACGUUUUUUGUUCAAUGAAUCCAUUUUGUAACCCACUUUUUAAACAAUGUAUAUUCAUCCACCGUACACAAACAAAACUUAUAAUGACAUUUCAAUAAUAGAUAUUCUAUCAUAAUAACGCAGACGCCACCUAUGUAUGCGCACCAACCUAUUUAAUAGAAUAAGAAUGAUAAAAUCUUUUAUGAAUUCUUAACGCAAUCAAAGUCUGUUUACUUGAAAUCUAGGCUGUUGUUUAUCCGACAUAUUAUAUACACAGAUUGUUUUUCAAUGUUUAAAAUAUAUGUUUAUUUUUGUCCCCUGUUAUUUUGAGAAGCAGCUAGAAUGUAUGCUGAGCGUUGCUUGUACUUUUAAAUAAUGAUUGACGAUCAUGUGUAAAAAAAAGUGGAGCUAACUUUCUCUGUGCUAUAGGCCUAAUUAAUAUUUAAAAGAAACUACUGAGGACAAGAUAAGCACGCAUUAGAACUAGAUAUAAUUGCGUUGGAUUUGUGCUUCACUGUGUAUACCAUUUGUGGUAGUCUCUUCUUAAUUUUAAGCUGGCUUUUAAGUCUGAUAUUCGCUUUAAAAAACAGGUUACACUCAAGGCACAUAGAGAUCUAAAGUUCUAUUGCAGUAUUGCGGCUUCUACUCUUGCUUUUUGUCUUCUCUGACGGCUUUGCCUCGUAACUCCACUAAGAACUCCACAAGAAGUGAUCAUACCAGCAUUACCCAACCAUGGGGGUAGAUUCUUUGAGGGAGCGCGGGGGUGCAUCUUUGUAUCUCUUAUGUUGACCUUUUUUUUAUUCCAUUGACGCAUCAGUAACUGGUUUUCAAAAAAAUUAUUAACUGCAGAACUACAUUUCCAGACAUUAACACUUGCAUAUAGGUAUGUGUUCGUGUGUUUGUUACAUGUAAAUAGAUGUUAUCAAAACCAAAUGUUUUGCCUUUCAAAAUGUUACAUUAUAUGUGACUUUACAUAUUGUAGCUCCUGUUCUAUAUUAAAUCAUACACUACGCAUUAUAA